AUGGACAUUACGGCAGCAGGGAGACCAGGGGAGGACACCGAACUCCGGCUGAUCCUGGUGGGGAAGACCGGAGGCGGGAAGAGCACCACGGGCAACACCAUCCUCGGCCAGCCAGUGUUCAAGUCCAUCUUGUCAACAAAGACCACCAUCCUGAAGUGUCAAAGGGGUCAAGGAAGAUGGCAGAACAGGAAGAUCUCCGUGGUCGACACACCUGACAUUUUUGAUUCUAAAAACCACAGUGAGACUGUGCAACGCGAGAUCGGGGCUUGCAUCGACCUCUCCAGGCCUGGCCCCCACGCCCUGAUCUUUGUGACCCAGGUGGGACGCUUCACCGCCGAAGAUGUGACAGCUGCAAAACGGGUCUGGGAUAUCUUUGGGGACGAAUCCGCCAGGCACACGAUUAUCCUCUUUACCCGCGAGGAGGAUUUGAGAGGGGAAUCCCUGCAGAAGUAUGUCCGAAAGUCUGACAACUGCAAACUGCGGGAGCUGACCUGGCGGUGCGGGGACCGCUACUGUGGCUUCAGCAACAAGGUUGCAGGAGGCGAGCAGCAGAAGCAGGUCUCGUUGCUGAUGGAGAUGGUGCAGAGAGUCGUUUCGGAGAACGGGGGAAGACACUACGUCAUCCCGCUGCACAAGGGGCCCAAGGCAGCCACGGAUGAAGAGGCCAUGCCGGGGGAGGACGCCGAACUCUGGAUGAUCCUGGUGGGAAAGUCCGGAGGCGGGAAGAGCGCUACAGGCAACACCAUCCUCGGCCGGAGGGUGUUCAAGUCCGUCUUGUCAGCAAAAACCACCACCCUGAAGUGCCAAAGGGGUCAAGGAAGAUGGAAGGACAGGAUGAUCUCCGUGGUCGACACACCCAACAUUUUCGAUUCUGAAAACCACAGUGGGAUUGUGCAAAAUGAGAUCACGGCUUGCGUCGAACUCUCCCAGCAAGGCCCCCAUGCCCUGAUCUUUGUGACCCAGGUGGGUCGCUUCACCGCCGAAGAUGUGACAGCCGCAAAGCGGGUCUGGGGUAUUUUUGGGAACGAGUCGGCCAGGCGCACGAUCGUCCUCUUCACCUGCAGGGAGGAUUUGGGAGAGGAAUCCCUGCAGGAGUACGUCCGAAAUUCCGACAACCGCGAACUGCGGGACCUGAUCCAGCAGUGCGGGGACCGCUUCUGUGGCUUCAACAACAAGGCCACAGGAGUCGAGUGGCAGGCGCAGGUCUCAGAGCUGAUGGGGACAGUGCAGAGAGUCGUUUCGGAGAACAGGGGAAGACACUACGCCAUCCAUCUGCCCAAGGUGCCCAAGAUGAUUCAGGAUCAGGAUGAAUUUGCCUCAAAACCGGCAAAAUCCCCAGAUUCAUCCUGUGCCAAUCGUCCGGAAAUGGCUGAAAGCAUCCGAGGGCCCGAACGGCGGAUUGUCCUCGUGGGUGGAAUCAGAAGUGGGAAAAGUGCGACGGGAAACACCAUCCUGGGAAGCAAGGUCUUUGGGAUACCACCUAUGUCAGAUACAAAAAGUUGCCAAAAAGAGGAGAUAGUGUGGAACGGCAGGAGGAUUGUGGUGGUCGAUACGCCUGGCUUCCGAGACACCUUGCAUCCAGAAGGGGCAAAUGCUGCUGAAGUGAGCGAGUGGGUGAAGUUAUGCUCCCCGGGUCCCCACGUUAUUCUCUGGGUCAUGCGCCCUGGCUGUUUCUCCCAGGAGAAGGAUGUGGCUCGGAUGAUCAAAGGGAUUUUCAGUCAGAAAGGCAGGAAUUAUAUGAUCAUCCUGUUCACCGACAAAUAUAAGCCGAAAGGUCGUUCUCUUGAAACUUUCACCUUUUUCCAAGAUAAAAAGGAGUAUAUUGCUGAAUGUGGGAACCGCUACCUGGCCUUCAACAACACGGCCAGAGGAAACGAACGGGAGGCUCAGAUGGACGAACUGAUGAAGAUGAUUGACCGGCUCGUAUAUGAGAACGGAGAUGCUGUUUAUUACACGGAGGACAUGCUGAAGAAAGACAUAGAGAACUUCAAAAAACCCGAACCUGAUUCGGAGGAGGAGGAGGGGGAGUUGGAACCGGGACCAUCUGAUGCUGCCCCAGGCCCCUCAGGCAUUGGGAGAGGUGUGGAGACAGAUCCUGAGAAAUUGGAGGCACUGCAGGUCUGGGAGACCCAAGCCGGGUGA